AAUCGCCAGCAAAAACAGAUACGGACGGCUCUAGCGCGUAUGGCUAUCAUUCGUUACAAAUUUAUCUAGACCUGCUUUCAUUAUCUUAUCGUAGAUAUAACUGGCACCCUUUAUUUUACAAGUUGGCUAUGUGUUGGGCGCGUCCGGACCGAAUGAGGCCCUUACAAGAGUUGCGAGUUUUUUAUUCAUAAACAAAUAACGGAGGAGAAAAUUUGUGUUUUCAUUUUACGUUCGUAAAUGAUAAACGUGUUUAGUGUACUGUUUUAAAGAGGUUUAAGUGCGGAGUUUUCUCGAAUAGAUCAUCACGAUGUAUUGGCUACCAUUCUUUAUGGUAGCUGUUGUGGGUACUACCCACGGACAACUAACGGCGCAGUCCAGUAUCGCACCAGAGCUACGGGAAUGCUAUUUUGAUCCCAUACUGUUAAACAGAAACAAUCUCCCUCCGACCACAAUUCCUGUUCUCAUUGACAUCAUUCGUAGAAUCGAAGAUAAUCCUGAUGUGAACAUGGACUUAAGACAACUGUCCGCGUUACUUCUUCACACGUACCGCCAAGAUGGUAUAGAAUUUCACCAGCCGGAAGGUAAUUUAGCCAUAUCUUCGAAUGUGAUACCGUUUGCACCAACCUUCCACUCCUUUCAUCGUCACAGGCUGCUACUAACAAGACUCAUACCUAGUAAUUUGCAGACACUUGGAAAUACAACUGUUAAUUCAGUGCUCAAGUGCACUCUACAUCACAUGUUGUCGACAACCGUUGACGCAAGACUGAGAGGAGAUGAAAGCAAUUGUAACCAGUUGUCACAGUAUCGUGCGCUAAGAACAGGACGAUCAAUUAGCGAUGACGUUGAAAUUUUAGAUACUUCCUUACUAAAAACUAAUGAUAAAAAUGGGCAAAUGCGGAAUUUUGAUCCAAACAGUGACGUUGAGUAUACUAGUAAUUACGGUAGUCUUAAAUCUGAACGCCAAUUACUCGGAGAAAGUCAAUGCCCACUAUUAGAUGGAGUGAUUUUCACCCAAUGGGGAGCUGUAUCAGGGGGAAACCUCAUAGCUGGUAUUGCGGCAGGUGCUCAACCACAACAGGUUCCUGUUCUUGAACUUGCAAAAGGAUCUGUUUUAAAUUAUCCGAAUGUCCAACAAACUGUGACUUCACUGUAUCCAGCAACACUCUCAGGUGAUUUGGCCGAGGCAAUUCUUAUUCAAGGAACUGAAAGAGGCAGUUCAUCAAUUUCGAUCGGUACAGCAGGAAACUGGAACAGCACUCAAGCGCCUAGACACUUCAUGAUUCACAGCCGUGUCAACAUAGAAAUGACCGAUCCAGAAAUCAGAGGAGGCAUCGAUGGCUUUGUUCUCGGCAGUGCAAUAACCUCAGUUUUAGGAACUUUUAGUUCUUUGAGACUGUCGCAGCUGUUGGACAUGUAUUAUACACCGCGGAAUGGGAUAUUUAGUCAAGCUUUUCGUGCAUGUAACCGUCGCGAAUUGAGUCAAACGCAUAUCACAAAUCAAAAUUUAGCUGGGGAAACUUUUGCCUUUGCUGCCGCUCUUGAUACGAACAUGCCACUUAGAGGAACUAUAAUGGGUGGCCUCGAGCAACUAGUGAACAGCGCAGUCACCAAUUUCCAAACAUAUUCUACUAGCAAUUUGAACGACUUAAGCUGUGUUACCUCAGUAGCAACGAGCCUGGAUUACAGAUUAAAAACGAAUUUGUAUAUAGUUCUUGACUCAUCAUGGCCAUACCAAGCAGUGUAUCCGGCCAUUGCAUAUUUAGUGGAUUCAAUAGAAGUAGACAAAUUCGGAUCGAGCAUCACCCUGCUCAAUGCAUUUGAUGGUAGUGUUGUUGUCAACACAACUUUCUCGCAAGUUGAAUUCCACUCUAAUUACACUUUAGCGGCACAUCAAUCAAUGCUCAAUGGAGUAAAUCUGCAAACUAGUCUGACAAACAUCAGAAUAAUGAUGCAAGACCAACUUCGUAAUGAAAGCGCAAGAAAUUACGUAGGAGGAAAUUCAACUGUAGUGUUGUACCUCAUCAAUACCGGUCAUCUACAGAACAAUGAAAUAGUUUUUGAACAAGCCCGACUUCUUAAUGAAACAGUUCCGGAUUUGAGGCUACUUUUUGCGACUGCUACGAAUCAGUUCGAUAACAUAUGGAAUUUGGUGCGUGAUAUUCACAACGACAUCAGGGCGGUAUCUUUGGCUACAACAGGCACAAACGUACCAAUAGUCAUGAGCCCAGUCCUGGAAAGAAUUCAGUCAGUUGGAAGAAGAAUUGUGAAUCCUCUUUGUGGUUCACAGUUUGUUGAUCAAUUGUCAGGCACGAGACAGUUUGACGACUUCGUGGAACCUGGUUAUAUUAAUUUCUACACAGUUAGUCCCAAUUACUUUUAUGUACACAAUGAUAACAGAAGAAUCAGAAUUUCUCGAAGUGCGAGUGGGGCUGGAAGUCUUGUUGUGUGUCAUUCAAGAGCUGUUGCUCAACCAAGACGCAACACAACAAUAGUAGGACUUGAUCCAAGCGCAAUAACUUGUGAGAAUUUGGCUUCCACCGGAAAUAUUGAAAUAAGGCUGCAGAAUGCUUGCGACAGUUUUUGGACCAUAGGAUCAUGUCCACCACUACACAUUUCCGUACAAUCAGAAACUGGUGGUGUUGAUGCCACAAGCGCGAUUUGCACAGAUGCUUCGGUAUGCAGAUUCCCAUACAACAUUAGAUAUCAAGUCCAAAUUGAAGACCUGGGGUGUUUUAGUGGAGCAUCAAGUCUAGGAGCCAGCCUCGCAAUUAUUCUGACUUCUUUGUAUCUCGCAAUAUUCUAACUGCGGGUAUUAAAUUUGGAGAAGCGUUAUUUUUUCCUACCGAUAGUAAUAGUACCAACCUACUUUUAACACAAAACAAAUCUAUAAGUUAUCGUUCAUUUUGAAUAUCGUAUUUUGUUUCAUACACGUGUAGUUUAAGAUUUCCAAUUUACAAUAAGAUUGUACAAAAAGCGUGGCGGAGCCUAUUGAGUAUAAAACAUUAAAUAUUAUAAUAUAUACAUAUUAUAAAAACCAGAUAUAACAGGGUUUAUUGUACUUAUUUUAUACAAAAUAUAGUUUCCAUAUAUAAUACAUUAAGUAUAAACGUAGACUUUAAGCAAUUUUCGUGUUUUUUUAUAAAUAAAAUCUACUGUAACAAA